AUGCCUCGCUCGGGCGACACCGCCGACAAGCCCACCUCGGACGACCCUCACCAGCUCAACGAGGCCAUCCGCGUCGUCAACCGCCGACACGAGACUGAGGCCAUCCUCACCCACGAGCUCGAGCAACGCGACUAUGCCCGCGACGUGCGCAACCAGUCGGUCUACACGGCGUCCCUCUCCGUCCUGCUCGUCGGCAUCGUCAACGUCCUCAUCAUCUCGUGGGAAAAGCGCGUCGUCCUGAGCCUCGUCGUCACCGGUUGCUGCUACCACGCCCUCACCCAACGCCUGCACGGCCUCUCGCAAGAUUAUGCCGCCCACCUCGCGUCCAACCUGCGCGAGCCGCUCGUGCACCCUCCACCCUCAUCGUCGACCCCCAACAGCGACAAGGCCGACGCCCAGGUCGAGUUCGAGUCGGCCGAGUGGCUCAACGGCCUCAUGCUCAAGCUGUGGCCCAUCAUCGACCGCCAGCUGUUUGUCGCCGCCGUCGACCUCAUGGAGGACGAGAUGAUGGCCCUCAUGCCGUCCAUCAUUCACUCGGUCAAGAUCACGUCGCUCGAGCAAGGCACCCACCCGGUCCAGCUCCUCGGCAUGCGCGUCCUCCCUCCCCAGACGACCAACCCGGCCACGUCGUCCAACUUUCACGUCCCCUCGUCGUCUUCCUCUUCGCCGACCCCGGAGCCCGUCCACCUCUCGGCGCCGCCCUUCACGCGCGCGCGCCACGCGCGCACGCACGACGCGGCGGGCUCGACGACGAGCGCGUUCGCCGACCCGGCCCUGCCGCGCCCGGCGCCGUUCGCCGCCGACGCCGACGAGCAAGCCGACGACCCGGACCAGGUGCAGGCGCUCGGUGGUGGUAGUGGGGGCGGCCAGGACCUCGGCGAGGAGGGCCGGCCCGCGAUCGAGCUCGAGGUCGAGUUUGGGUACAGGAGGAGGGUCGAGAGGAAGGAGGAGGACGGCGGCGAGGCUGAGAGGGGCGAGGGCAAGGUCGAGGCGAGCGACCCGACCGACAACAUCCACUUUGUCGCCUACCUCGGCAUCGGCGUCGGCAAGCUCACGACGGUGCCGUUCCCGGUCCUCAUGUCGGUCGCGUCGCUGCGAGGCGCAGCCCGCAUCCGCCUGUCGUUCACGCCCGAGUUGCCGUUCGUCAAGACGGCCGUCGUCAGCCUGCGCGAGAUGCCCGUCGUCGCGGUCACCGCUCAUCCGCUCCAGGGCUCGUGGGACGUCGUACCGCUCCCGAUCGUGCGCACGUUCGUCGACAUGGCGAUCCGCGCGACGCUCGCCAACCUCGUCCUCCCGAGGCGGUACGCCAUCGACGUGCGCAAGCUGCUCCUCGGCGGCGACGUCGCUGUCAAAACGCGCACGAUCGGCCUCGUCGUCCUCGUCCUGCACCGCGCGCACCUCUCGGCCUUUCCCUCGUUCGCGGGCUCGACCACGUCGGCGCAGACGCGCAGCGCGACGGCCGCGCUGUCGGUCUCUCGCGCGCGGCGCACCGUCGACCCGUACGUCGAGGCGAGCUGGGCCGGCAUGGCCAAGGCGCUGUACCGCACCAAGGUCGUGCGCGGCGUGACCUUGGGCAACCCGGUCGGCGCGAGGGCGAGGGGCGAGGUCGCAGAGAAGAAGGAGGACGGCGGCGAGGCGAGGUGGGAGGAGAUGUGCUUCAUCAGGGUGCCGCUCGAACCUGUCGAGGACGGAGCCAAGAUUCGCCUGCGUGUCCUCGACCACGAGCGCAUCGGCGCCUCUCACUCGCUCGGCUACCUCGACCUCCCUGUCCGCGACCUGCACGACCACGCCGGCAAGUGGCGCUCGCACGAGCGCGAGAAGCUGCUCCCAGACGCGGCGAGGGGAGAGACGGAGCGGGGCAAGGAGGACGAGGAGAUUGGCGAGCUCGAGUGCAGCGUCGCGUUCUUCCCGCUCCUCGAGAAGCUCGAGGGCGAGAGCGACGCCGAGAAGAAGAAGCCCGACCUCAUGGCCGACGUCGACUUUGAGCACCGCAAGGCGCUCGACGCCGACGAGCACGAGAAGCAGAAGCGCACUCGCCUCGACGCCGUCAAGGACCUUCUCGCCGGCAACCCGUCCGCUCCGCCCUCGCACCCGUCGGGCAUCCUGUCGUACCAGAUCCACUCGGUCGCCGACCUCGAGCUCGACAAGCGCGUCGGCGCCGUCCACGCCGGCCUCAAGCGCCUCAAGCCCGGCACGACGUUCAAGGCCAUGCGGCGCGCCGAGCUCCCGAGCACGUACGUCCAGGCCGUCCUCAACGACGAGAUGGUGUUCCGCACCAAGCUGUCGCCCUUCUCGAACGCUCCGACCUUCAACAGCGGGAGCGAGACGUUCGUGCGCGACUGGACGCAGGGCAUGCUCAACCUCGCCGUCAUGGACUAUCGCGACCGAGACCACGACGUCCUCGUUGGCUACGUGUCCAUCAACCUUCACGACGUCCUCUCGAAGCAGGCGCAGCUGUCCAAGUGGUUCCCUCUCCUCGGCGGUUCCGGCGCCGGCCGCAUCCGCCUCUCGCUCCUCUUCAAGCCACUCGCGCUCGACCUCGCCCCGUCGCUGCGCGAGUGGUCCGUCGGCACGGUCCAGAUCGUCGAGGCGUCGCUCGAGGGCCUCGGCGAGCGCAACUUUGCCGGCCGCCUUAGCCUCAAGCCGGACGAGGGCCAGGUCGCGAGCGUCAAUGCGGUACAGCGUCAAGGAGAAGACGACGACGCCAUCUCGUUCGACCUGUCGUCCAAGCCGGCGUCGAUCCCGGUCCUGUCGCGCAUCGCGCCCAUCAAGGUGUCGGUCCAGGGCGUCGCGGCCGGGCUCAAGCACUCGCGGCCGGCGCUUGCGCGCGGCCUCAUCCACGUCAGCGACGUGCGCUCGGGCGAGACGGUCGACAUCACGGUUCGACUCAGUCGGGACAAGAAGGCCGUCCUGCCCGAACCGGGUCCGCUCCCCUCGCUCAAGGGCAAGGUCCGGGACGACGACGACCUUUCCUCCUCUCGCUCGCCGGCCGACUCGCCUCGUCCACCUCCUUCGCAUCGCGACGACGACAACCCGCCGAUCAUCCUCACCCUGCGCGCCCGCUUCGUCCCCGGCCUCUCGUCCCUCCACGGCGACGUCGUCCUCUCGGCUUCGUCCUCGGCCCGCGCCGCCUACCAGCUCUACCUCCAUCGUCGCGACUACGAGGCGCAACUGCGCGCCUCGGCCGAGCACGCCGGCGCCUCGUCCGACGAGCACGCGCCCGACGGCGAAGAGUGGGAGACGGCGACCGACGCGGGCGGCGAGGGCGGCGCGGCGGGCGAGAUUGUGCCGCAGCGGGACGGGACGCGGUCGCGCAAGGGUGGGUCCUUCAGGUGGGUGCGGCACAACGCCAAGGUGCUGGCGCGCAAGGUCAAGAAGGCGAGGGCGCACCAGCUCAACGAGCCCAAGCCCGAGACCGAAAUCCAGGCGAGCCUGUAGCGAGGGCGUUCGAGCAGUGCAAGCUGUGUAACUAGCUCUUAUUCUGUCCGUUCUC